CGUUCACGCGAGAGAGGAGCAUACGGGCCGGCUGAGCUGCAAGAAGGAUGGAGGUCCGACCUGACAGGUUCAAGGCGGUCGCGGCCAAAACUCUGGGAAGAAUUAACAGGUUGAUUGACAAGCAACAGCCCAAUGGAGAAACCAUCGAGCUGUCGGCGGAGGGCCGUCCUGAGCUGGUGCAGGAGAAAGAACUGCCCGUGGUGGACUGCACUUGUUUUGGCUUGCCCAGGCGUUACAUCAUCGCCAUCCUGUCUGGCCUGGGCUUCUGCAUCUCCUUUGGCAUCCGCUGCAAUUUGGGCGUCGCCAUUGUAAGCAUGGUCAACGACCACACUGUCUACAAAGGCAACAAGGAAGUGCUUGUGGCUGCACAAUUCACUUGGGACCCUGAAACAGUGGGCAUGAUCCACGGUUCCUUCUUCUGGGGUUACAUCGUCACACAAAUCCCUGGGGGUUUUAUAUGUCAAAAAUUUGCAGCCAACAGAGUGUUUGGCUUUGCUAUCGUGGCGACGUCCACCCUUAACAUGCUGAUCCCCUCAGCCGCUCGCUGCCAUUACAGCUGUGUAAUACUGGUCAGAAUAUGUCAAGGCCUUGUUGAGGGUGUGUCGUACCCAGCCUGCCAUGGGAUUUGGGCAAAGUGGGCUCCUCCACUAGAGAGAAGUCGAUUAGCCACCACAGCGUUUUGUGGGUCUUAUGCAGGGGCUGUGGUGGCCAUGCCUUUAGCUGGGAUUCUGGUGCAAUACACUGGGUGGCCUUCUGUAUUCUACGUCUAUGGCAGUUUUGGGAUAUUCUGGUACUUGUUCUGGAUCCUAGUGUCCUACGAGAGUCCGGCUGCCCAUCCCACUAUAACACCAGAGGAGAGAAAGUACAUUGAAGAUGCAAUCGGAGAGACAGCGACAUUUCUCAACCCUCUCCAGAAAUUUAAGACGCCAUGGAGGCAGUUCUUUACCUCAAUGCCUGUCUACGCCAUCAUUGUGGCCAACUUCUGCAGGAGCUGGACCUUCUACCUGCUGCUCAUCAGCCAGCCGGCCUACUUCGAAGAAGUGUUUGGCUUUGAGAUCAGUAAGGUGGGAAUGGUGUCAGCGCUGCCACAUCUAGUGAUGACCAUCAUUGUUCCUGUGGGAGGCCAGUUGGCGGAUUAUCUUCGGACCCACAACCUGAUGACCACCACCAACGUCAGAAAACUCAUGAACUGUGGAGGUUUUGGCAUGGAGGCCACCCUCCUUUUAGUGGUGGGAUAUUCGCACACAAAAGGGGUUGCCAUCUCUUUCCUGGUGCUUGCUGUUGGCUUUAGCGGCUUCGCUAUCUCAGGAUUUAACGUCAAUCACUUGGAUAUUGCGCCUCGCUACGCCAGCAUAUUGAUGGGCAUUUCAAAUGGUGUGGGAACAUUGUCUGGAAUGGUGUGUCCUCUUAUAGUGGGAGCCAUGACCAAACAUAAGACACGGGAGGAAUGGCAGUAUGUCUUUCUUAUAGCAUCCUUGGUUCAUUAUGGAGGAGUCGUUUUCUAUGGACUAUUUGCAUCGGGAGAAAAGCAGCCGUGGGCUGACAUUGAGGACACCAGCCAGGAAAAGUGCGGCAUCAUCGAUGAAGACGAGCUGGCCAAUGAGACCGAGGAUCUCUACCGCACUGGCGGCGGCCAGUACGGGGCCAUGAGCCAUCAGGUGGUCGGUUCAAACGGCGGAGGGUCUGCAGGAGGCGGAGCCGGUUGGGUGACGGACUGGGAUAAAUCUGAGGAAUACGUGCAACCGCCUGGACACAACUCAUACAAGUGCAGCGGAGUAGAGGAGAUGAAGCUGACGUAGAAGAGAGACUGACCCGACAAGAGUGGGUACAAAAAAAAAACGGGAAAGGAAGAACUUGAUUAUGUGUGAAUUUAUGUACGUGGAAGGGUGAGUGGCAACAAGUGCGCAUGUCAGUGUUAGAUUUGAUAAUAUAAAUAAACACAUAAAGUAUUUAUAUACUCAGCUGAUCCCCCAGACAUCCACCCUGACGCACAGCUUGCUGUGAUUGGUCAGUUUCCAUCACAUGGAGGAAGUGCAGCAAGCAUCUCCCUUGUGUUAUGUUUCAAAUCUGAUGUUUAAGCUGCAGUGUUUUGUUUUCAGGGGAUGCAUGUCUGCAGUUUUAAAGGAGAAUAAUGUUCAGGAGCUAAACUCGCACACACAUGCACAUGCAAUCAGCAUCUUUAGGAGUUGUAACUUGUUGUCAUGCUACUGAAAUGUAAAAAAUAAUCCCCUCAUGCCGCUUUAUAAACCUAAAUUAAAACUAUUUAAAUGAGUUUAUCACUAGUAGACGUCCAAUCCAUUAGAAGUGGGAGGGUGGCAGCGAAUGCCACCCUCUCACUUCCGAUGGAUUGGACAUCUAGUCAUGUCAGUGGCAAAUAAUGAGUGAACAAGUCAUGUCACGUAAUAGCAUACUUCCAGGUCUUAAAAAAUCAAGCAGGAUCAACCUAGUAUUGAUCAGGGUUGAAAUGGGAGGUGGAACAGCCCAGGAGUCAUUGACAGACUGGCCCACUUCAUAACAAAGUACAAUUAAGUGAUCACAAAGUCCAACUGAAAAUAGAGCACAAAAAAAUCAAAAUGAUCAAACUAGUAUAUAACCGCAGUAAUGUCGGAGAGAUGAGAGAGAUGAUGGCCCACCCAGCUGUAAGCAAGGCAAUCGUCCAACACAGCUGCUAGACACAGGUGUCUUUAAAUACAGCGCGCUCCUAAUGAGCCACAGGUGCGUUGCAUGACCCCGCCUAUCAAAUUGAGCUCAGUCAGAUGCUGGAAUGAAAAAAGAACAACUGAGAACACAAACAUGACACAAAGUUCCCAUGUAGGACAAUUAAUUCAUUUUUCUAAAUAUUGGUCCAGUAAGAAUGCAAUUUUGAGAGAUCCAAUACUAAAAUUCACCAUCCUUGGCCAAAACUAUUCAAAAUUGUGGAUUUACAGUACCACAAAAAUGAAAACUGUAACCUGAUCAAAGUAUGAAUCUAGGACUUUUAAUUCAUUUUUCUAAAUAUUGGUACAGCAAAAUGCACAGUUUUGAGUACGUGCAUAGUCAGAGAGGUCUAAUACUAAUAUUCAUCCACCUUUGCCAGAUUGUAUUCAUACUUCUGGAUUUACUGUUCCACAAAAAUGAGAACUAUAACCAGUAAAAGUUGACAUGUAGGACAUUUAAUUCAUUUUUCUAAAUAUUGGUCCAGUAAAAAUGCAGUUUUGAGUAUGUGAGCAGUCAGAGAGGUCCACUACUAAAAUUCACCAUCCUAGGCCAGAACCUAUUCAAAAUUGUGGAUUUACAGUACCACAAAAAUUAAAACUGUAAUUUGAUCAAAGUAUAAAUCUAGGACUUUUAAUUCAUUUUUCUAAAUAUUGGUACAGCAAAAUCCACAGUUUUGAGUAUGCGCAUAGUCAGAGAGGUCUAAUACUAAUAUUCAUCCACCUUGGCCAGAUUGUAUUCAUACUUUUGGGUUUACUGUACCACAAAAAUAAGAACUGUAACCAGUCAAAGCUCACAUGUAGGAGAAUUAAUUCAUUUUUCUAAAUAUUGGUCCAGUAAAAAGCAGUUUUGAGUAUGUGAGCAGUCAGAGAGAUCCGCUACUAAAAUUCACCAUCCUUGGCCAGAACCUAUUCAAAAUUGUGGAUUUACAGUACCACAAAAAAAAAACUAACCUGAUCAAAGUAUAAAUCUGGGACUUUUAAUUCAUUUUUCUAAAUAUUGGUACAGCAAAAUCCACAGUUUUGAGUAUGCGCAUAGUCAGAGAGGUCUAAUACUAAUAUUCAUCCACCUUGGCCAGAUUGUAUUCAUACUUUUGGGUUUACUGUACCACAAAAAUAAGAACUGUAACCAGUCAAAGCUCACAUGUAGGAGAAUUUAUUCAUUUUUCUAAAUAUUGGUCCAGUAAAAAGCAGUUUUGAGUAUGUGAGCAGUCAGAGAGAUCCGCUACAAAAAUUCACCAUCCUUGGCCAGAACCUAUUCAAACUUGUGGAUUUACAGUACUACAAAAAUGAAAACUUUAACCUGAUCAAAGUAUACAUGUACGACUUUUAAUUCUUUUUUUUUCUAAAUAUUGGUACAGCAAAAUGCACAGUUUUGAGUAAGCGCAUAGUCAGAGACGUCUAACACUAAUAUUCAUCCACCUUUGCCAGAUUUUAUUCAUACCUUUGGAUUUACUGUACCACAAAAAUAAGAAGUGUAACCAGUCAAAGUUCACAUGUAGGACUAUUUCAUUUUUCUAAAUAUUGGUCCAGUAAAAAUGCAGUUUUGAGUACGUGAACAGUCAGAGAGAUCCAAUACUAAAAUUCACCAUCCUUGGCCAAAAACUAUUCAAAAUUGUGGAUUUACAGUACCACAAAAAUGAAAACUGUAAUUUGAUCAAAGUAUAAAUCUAGGACUUUUAAUUGAUGUUUCUAAAUAUUGGUACGGCAAAAAUGCAGUUUUGACUACGCGCAUAGUCAGAGAGGUCUAAUACUAUUAUUCAUCCACCUUGGCCAGAUUGUAUUCAUACUUUUGGGUUUACUGUACCACAAAAAUAAGAACUGUAACCAGUCAAAGUUCAUAUGUAGGACAAUUAAUUCAUUUUUCUAAAUAUUGGUCUAGUAAUAAUGCAGUUUUGAGUAUGUGAGCAGUCAGAGAGAUCCAAUACUAAAAUUCACCAUCCUUGGCCAAAAACUACCCGUCUUAGCAGACAAUGGUUUGACCCCGCUCUGGUGCACUCAAGUGCUACGGAUUUUCUUGUCUUUGCCAGUUACUGUAGCUGGAGGAGAGCGAGCCUUCAGUAAAAUGAAAAUAAUAAAAAACUACCUACUCCCCACCAUAUCACAAGCAGGCUUAACAACUUAGCCAUUGUUACCAAACUGCACUUUAUGGUAAGUUGCGGUGCUCUCAACUCCGCACCGUAAUGUGGAAUAGACGGCUCGUUUGUCGCCAAUUCGUCAGGGUCUUCCUUCAGGAAGGUGGCGAUGUGCAUAAAAACGCAGAGACAUGUUGAAUGGCUUUUUGCUGGAACUUUUAUUAACAAUCUCACCCUCUUACGCUGGCCCACCUCUUCGUCUGCGCCAAAUUGUAGAGGACAGCGGCCCCUUGGGGAUGCCGGCAACACCAUGAUCUCCAUUGAGCGUGAGCUUGCUCAAAAACUGGAUUUCACUGAUGUUACAAAUUACUUUGCUGUCAAAAAAUCUAGCCGCAUCACUGUUUGAGGGCUUGAUAACCCCAGGGAUGUGGAGGGGGCAGGCACAGGAUGUUUAGUUAUACUGUUUUGUUGCUUAGCAGGCAGGCAUAGCACUCUCAGUUGUAUUGUACUAGUAAUAAUAAUAAUAAUAAUAAUACAUUUUAUUUGAAGGCGCCUUUCUGGCACUCAAAGUCAUCGUACAAUCAUUAAAAAAAAACAAAAAAAAACUAGACAAAUUAAAGACCAAAAACGGUAAAAAUAAUUAAGUAUAGAACAUUCAAAAACAAAUACUAAUCUAUAAAAAUAAUUAGCAGAACCGUAAAACAAAGUAAUCAGGGAUUAUUAUGGAUAUGCGAGUCUGAACAGGUGAGUUUUGAUUGAAAAAGGGGGAGUGAGUCUGUGUAUUGUAGCCUACAUGGGACAAUAGAUGGAAAUUGUUUAUAUUGUGUCACAUCACAUUACGGUUUGUUAAAUUUAACUGUCCAUCUCAAAUAAUUUCAAAAUUUACAUUGUCAUUGCUUGCAAAGCGUUAAGGUACUGCGUAUGUUGUCGUGACAAGCCGGUGGCAGGGGUGCGGUGGAGAUCUCUAUAAUGGUCUCUUGUCCCCGGGCCCCUGCAAGUCUGUUGACAGCCCUGACAGUACCACAAAAAUAAGAACUGUAACCAGUUAAAGUUCACAUGUAGGACAUUUAAUUUGUUUUUGUAAAUAUUGGUCCAGUAAAAAUGCAGUUUUGAGUAUGUGAGCAGUCAGACAUGUCCACUACUGCAAUUCACCAGCCUUUACCGGAACUUAUUCAAAAUUGCAGAUUAACAGUACCACAAAAAUGAGAACUUUAACCUGUUCAAAGUAUACAUGUAGGACUUUUAAUUCAUUUUUUUAGAAUAUUGGUAGAGCAAAAAUGCAUGGUUUUGAGUGUAGGACUAGCCAGAGAGGUCUUCUACUAAUAUUUACCAACCGUGGCCAGAAUUUAUUCAGAUUUAUGGAUUUAUAGUGCCACAAAAAUGAGAACUGUAACCUACUAUCUACUAAAACGACCUGUCGUUAAGGGGGAUUAAUAACUUGUACUGACAUGACAGCGCACAUAACGCACGUGUAGAUGGGGGAGUUUUAAAAAUCAGGUGAAUUUAUUUCAUUUAUUAUAUGACAACAAUGUUGGCGUUAUAUAUUAUAGAGAGUUUUUAAGAGUUGGGAACAAUUUGAGCACACUGCCUUGCCACUCGGUUGGAAUGCAUUUACCGUAACGCUUGGAUUAUGCAGGUGGGCUAAUUUUAGGGUCUGUUCAUUUGACCAUAGGAACACGAACGUCCGUUGGCUUGACAGCAGUCACCAAUUCCUAGUUGUUUUUCACCCAAUACUUUUUUCCCCAUGUAUGUGUAAAAUAUAUAGGGUCGCAGUUCACGCAUGUGUAAUGACACCAAACCCUACUUAUUUUAGGAAUUACAAUCCUACUUAUUUCCACAAACACCAGUCCACCGGGGAAAUCCCCGGUAUCCCCGAAUGCCAGUCUGCCCUUAGUAUUAAUACUUUUGGAUAUUGUAUCUUGACAAAGGUAUAGGUUUGGUCUCAACAUUGGUAGGGACGAUAUAACAGCAUAACCUGCAUAUACACUUUUGCUGGGGACGGGACAUUAAUGAGACUCAAAAGUUUGGAUGAACAGGGGUCAGGGCUACAUUUCUCAUGAGUAUGAACCUAAUUAAUUGAUAGGCUGAAUGAUCAAUGCAAAAUAAAUCUGUAUUGACUUAUACUUCCAUAUAUAUUGCUUGAGGUGAUACACUGUUCGAUUCAAACCUUUGUUUUCAAAAAGUACUAAAGAAAGAAAACUUCCAGGAUAAAUGUCUGGAUUUCACAGGGUAAAUUGAAAUUGCAAUAUUUCACUUAAAUUAAUUUAAUUUAUAACUUAAAUUAUAUUAACAUACACAACAAAUACAAACUUGUUAAUAAUCUCUUAACUAUACAAAAACGCAAAAAAUAGACAUUUGCCACUUAACAUUGUCUGUCUAAACAAAAAAAUUAGAUAUAACUGAAAAAAACUUCAUCAGGAAAUAACAAAAAUAAAUAAAAAUGCAGCCUUCCUUCAGGUAAAACACUGCUGCUUCUGUCCACAAGCACAGCCUAACUCAACAAAAAAAUGAAAGCUCCUUUGGGCUGCUUUAGGACCACAUAAAUAAAAUAAAAAUAAAAAUUGGGAGAGAGGGGUACACAUCAGUUCACUACACUUCUAAGUAGCUUCCUACUCAAGUUUUGCCGGUUAGCAAAUUCACACAGUUUAAUGUUAUGCUAACUGAUGCAGGUCGGCCUUUCAGUAGCAAAAUUAGUCGUGUGUUCCCCACCUCCACCUUUUUACAUUACCUGCAGUGGCUGCUGCUGGCUGAAAAAGAACUUCUAAUAUCCCUCCUCUUUGAAGGAGGCGGAGGAGGCGGCGUUUUGGCGAAAUGUUGUAUUUCUGUCUGGGCUGUGAAUGCGUGUGUGUGUGUUUGGGGGGGGGGGGGGGGGGUCAAGUCAUCAGCCAAUCAAACGUGCGUUUGUGGGGAAAAAAUGGCACAUUCAGCAAGUGAAAAAGAAUCAAUAUAAGUCUGAACAUAAUGAAAAUAAUUCACUUAAUAAUGGUAAGGUCAAUUCUAUCCUUACAACAUAUGGGAAGACAAUCUAAAUUACCUAUACUGUAUACCUGAACUCAUUAUAUACCGUAUUUUUCGGACUAUAAGCCGCAGUUUUUUUUCAUAGUUUGGCUGCGGGUGCGACUUACACUGUGGAGCGACUUAUGUGUGAAACACAUUAUUAUAUCAUUUCACAUGUUAUUUAUUUAUUUAUUGUUAUUAUUUUGGUGUUUUGGAGUGACACUGAUGGUUUGGUGAACUUGCUAGCAUGUUCUUUAUGCUAUAGUUAUCUGAAUAACUCUUUAUAGCUAUUUUACGUUAACAUAGCGGCCACGUUCGCAUUUCGGUGUUCGUGCUUCAUGUAACAUUAUCAUACUGUACACUUAUUCAGCAUGUUGUUCUCUAUUGUAUUUUUAUUUUAAAUUGCCUUUCAAGAUGACAUAUCUGUUCUAUGUGUUGGAUUUUAUCAAGUAAAUUUCCCCCAAAAAUGCGACUUAUACUCCGGUGCAACUUAUAUAUGUUUUUUUUUCCUCUUCGUUGGGCAUUUUAUGGGUGGUGCGACUUAUACACAGGUGCGACUUAUAGUCCGAAAAAUAUGGGUAAUGCAAAUAAGGUUGCUUAAAAUAUGGUGGGGACAAUUUGAGCAUCCUGAGAAGUUGCUAGUGAUGUGUCCAUACCGUCCCUAUGCAAAGCUACGCCCUUGAAUCUUGAUACAACAGUUCAGUAUCAACACCUGGAUAUUUUUUUACAUCCACAGUUUCAUCCAAUAUUUUGUUUUCAUGCCUGAUACAGUCAAUGCAUCUCAUAUCAAAGAGGAAAAAGGUGCUUAUUUGUUGUUUAACGUCAAGCUUCCCCUUUAAAUGGGUGCAUAGAAAUGGUUUCUAGAUGAAGCUCACCUGUGUCUGACUGAACUAGGUCAUGCCUAUCUACGCUUAUGGGUCACAAGGCCCAUAUGAUGAGUAAUCAUCGAACACUCUGGACUCUUUAUGUUGUGUGGAAAGCUGUCAUGAUAAGUACAGUGUGUUGACUCUCCGCUGCAAAAUAGUCUGAAAAUGGUUUGUGAUGUGCUGUGUGUUGUGUUUGUCUUUUUUUCUGUCACUUCCCGCUUUCUCUUUUCAUUCAGUGCUGUUUUCGAGUUCCUGAAAGGCAGCCAUUUGAAAUCAGUGGGUCAGUGGUAGUGAGUGUGUUGUUCUGUUGACUGGGUACAGGUGCUGAAACGUUGUGCAGUGAGCAUGUGAUAAUGAGUACAGCAGUGCACUCCCCCCUAGUCCCUCUACUCAUUUAACACUCACACACAAGGUAGUAGUCUCAACAUGUGAGCCCACUCAAAUGCACUAUGCAGUGUUCAGAGGAGUAGCACACAAUUUGACACCCGGGGCUCUUUAGAGCAACACCUACUUGACACAAAAUGUUUCAUACAUGGUUGAGGGUCUCUUUUUUAUCUAAAAGUGACUGUUUCUGCCCUUUAAAAGCCACCUUGAUGCAAUGGCAGAAGGGUAAUGGAGUCAAGGGGAGCUCUAUGCACCAGCACUUCAACAGAGCCAAGAAACUCAGUUAGAAGGCAUGUUUACGUUCACGCACAAAGCACACACGUGAGCGGCACAUUGCAUGGUCAUUUGAGA